AGUAUUGAUUAUAAGUACUGUACAGAGACGAUUAGUCUGUGAUGUCACGAACGGGAAACUCAAAUCAUUCCGUGACACAACGAUAUUCUGGCACACUCCCACCGGCGAGCCUCCACUCAGUGAGCCAGGGUGCGGCUACACCGGGGAUGCAGAACGUUGUCGUAAUUCAGGCAACGCAACUACGAUUGCCGGGGUGGUGGUUGGCAUUGCGGUUGUUGUUUUACUUUCGCUGAUGGCAAUUGUAUACAUCAACCGGAAAGCCCAAACGUUCAACGACUUGUGGUGGAAAAUGUCACUUGACCAAAUAUCUCUCCAGGAUUCUUCGAAAGCCGUUGUUAACCAAAAAAAUCCCAUGGAUUCGACGUACGGACUACGGACUUAAGGGCGUUAUAGUAGCUCAGGAACGCAGUAGUAUUUGGGUUCAGACCUUUUCACGGAUGCCGAAUGGAUCUUUUCCUGAUAAAGACGCGAUCCUGAUUUUGAGAAAGCUACGGAGAUUUCUGCAUCCAAACAUUGUACAGUUAUUCGGCAUUAUUCAAACCGAUUUGCGCCUGCUGUUUGUCAGCGAAUACGCCGAUAAGGGCGAUCUGGACAGCGCCUUAAAAAUCAGCAGUAUGGAAGACUGGGAACUCAGAAGCAGUUUGUUGUUUGAUCUGAUAGAGGGGUUAACUGCCAUUCAUCACUCGCCGUUGAUACGCCAUGGAAACUUGUCGCUUACUAAAUGUUUGAUCAACAAGCGCUUUAUGUUGAAAUUAGCUGGACUAGGAUUUAAGGAUAUUCUGAAGAACAGGGAGCACUGCUUAGAAAACAAACCCUAUAGUACAAAUUUGCAAUCCAUUCCACCUGAAUUACGCAGUCGGAUCAGUUGUGAGAGGGGAAUCGGUUCAACAUCUUCUAGCGAUGUUUAUGUCUUUGCUGAUAUCGCACACGCUCUUCUUUCAGAGCAUGUUUUUAAGAGCGCCGAAACAGAACAGAUUCCCGAUCACAAGCUCAAAAAAGGAGCUGCUGCACGAAAUGCAGUAGUAUUCAAUGAUUUCCAAACACUUUUGCAUAAAUGCCACGACGAUGACCCCUCGCAACGCCCUACAAUCGAUAGAAUUCGAAAGAUAUGCCAGAGUAGCUUUGGCAUAAAUAACCAGAAUUUUGCUCAAAAAAUUCUUCUGAGAUUGGAAAGGUAUGCUUCACAGCUGGAAGAUACCGUUGCAGAACGAACUCAAGAGUUCAUUAAAGAGACCGAAGCCAACGAAGCCCUACUGCGCGAACUGCUCCCCAAACAAAUCGUACAACGGUUAAAAAAGGACACAGCAAUCGCGCCGGAAAGCUUUGACUGUGUUUCCUUGCUGUUUUCAUAUACCACUGGAUUCAAUGAAUUUGUCGCCAAGAAUUCUGAUGUUCCGUUGAAUGUGGUGCGGUUUCUGGAUCACAUGUUUGUAUCAUUCGAUGACAUUGUCAGCUUGUACGAUGUGUACAAAGUGGAAACCAUUAACGACAGCUGUAUGGUUGCGAGUGGAUUACCAGAGCGCAACGAAGAUCGCCACGCAAAAGAGAUCUGUCAUUGCGCUUUGGGCUUUCGUAAAAAGUUUUGAGAUAUUGGAAAGUCGCACGAUUUGGCAAUCAAAAUAGGUAUCAACACAGGUUCAUGUGUCGCCGGAAUUGUUGGAAAGAAACGACCGCGAUACUGCUUAUUUGGUGACACCAUAAAUACCGCCUCUCGUGUUGCUUCAAACAACACAGACUGGACAAUUCAAAUAACCGCUACAACGUGGCUGUUGAUAAGGGAAACCAAUAUUUUGGCAGAGCAUCGUGGGAAAAUAUUUUUGAAGGGAAAGGGUGAAUGGGAAGUGUACUGCCUGUUAUAACGUUCUUAAAUACAAGGCGCCAUCUCUGAUUGCCGAAUGUCGACACACGAUAGGAUACUUAUUAAUUACCUGCAAGCAGUGUGAUACAGACUGCAUUUAAAAUUUCAAAUUACUGGACAAAGAAGACAUUGGCAUACGGCUGCAUCAGCUCAAAUAUAUUCUGGAAUUCCUGAAAUUAUAAUGUCUGUUCUUUUUAUGGUGUCAUCGGGAAUUCCUUCACGCCUGUAGGCGUGCUCUUCUCAGGCUUUCUUUGAUUGCAUAACCUAUUGUUUAUGUUUUGCUAUUUUUUUUGUAAAGCCUUUGAUGUUUAGCAUUAAUUGCCGCCAAUAGAAGCGCGAUUACAUCGCGAGUUUUGGAGCUGCUGUUUUG